AUGAAUGAAACCAAUAGAAGAAUUGUUGCUGAGGGUACUGCUGUUGGUGAUACUGCCGUUGCUGUAGAUGAUGAUGAUGAUGAUGAUGAUGAUGAUGAUGGUUAUGAUGGUGAUGCUGUAUUGAUGUAUAUUUUUACGUAUACUGAAUUUGUGGAAGUGUAUGCAUAUACGUAUGAAGUCCACAAUGUAAACCUCAUCGUGCCAUCAAAUAAAAACCACUUGCAUACAGCCCUCGUUUGA